AUGGUAGCGGUGUUGGUGCAGUUCAUCGCAGUAGUUGUGGCGGCGCUGGUAGUAGUGGUCUUCGAGGCUGCUGGAGAGGAAGUGGCGGUGGAGGUGAUGGCGUUUGUUGAUAGUAAUAGUGGUAUUAGUAGUAUUAAUAGUAGUGGCGGUGGUGGUCGUAAUGGCAGUCGUGGUGUUGAUGUAACUAAACUCGAUUCAGAAGAGAAACCGAAGGUUUUAUUCGUUGGUUUAGUGUGUAUCGAUAUUGUAAACAUUUGCCCCAAAUACCCGGACGAAGAUACUGAUACACUAGUUCUUCAUCAAGAAUGGAGACGAGGUGGUAACGCUUCGAAUAACUCUACUGUUUUGUCCCUCCUUGGACAACCUUCUGCAUUCUUCGGAAGUAUGGCCAGCAGCUACGAGAAAGCGUUUCUUAUCGAAGACUUCGCCAAAUAUAAUAUCGACAUAUCCAACUGCAUCUUCCACGAUGGACACAUCAAUAUUCAGACAGUGGUGCUUAUUAACUCUUUGAAUGCUUCUAGAACAAUCCUGUCUCCCCCGAUAAACCUUCCUUCGGUAACGUUUGAGGAAUUCCUGAGAAUUGAUUUAAAUAAGAAUGCCUUUAAAUGGAUUCAUUUUGAGGCUCUAAGUGGUACCGAAAAUAUUCGGCAGCUCAAGAAAAUUCUCCAGUACCUUUCCGAUACCAACCGAUCGAAAAACGUAGAAGAAAGAAUUAUAACGUCUGUUGAAGUCGAAAAACCGGAAAAGGAAUUUGGUUCUUUCAGUGAAGCUCUGAUAUGUACGUGGGGCGAACAGGGCGCCACCUGUCGACUUUCAAACGGAGUAAUUUACCAUAGUCCUGCAGAAAAUUUAACAAGCCCCGAGGAUUCAUUAGGCGCCGGAGACACAUUCACAGCCGGCACAAUUUACUCUCUGCUCCAGGGACUUUCUGUAGAAGAUGCCAUAACAUUUGGAUGUCGUUUGGCCACCACAAAAUGUAGCAUGAAUGGCUUCGACGGACUCAAAAACUUUACAUGAGAUAACAGUUUUGUCUCAGCUUCUAUUACCUGUCUCUACCUUAUGUGGAAUACUGUGGCCCAGAGUUUGUCUUCCUAAUUGUAUGAAGUAACACGCAUAACGUAUCAUAAAUUAUAUAGACUUUCUCUUGAUAUUUAAAUGGCAAUGCUCUUGUUUUCACGCAAACUCAAAACUUCUAUUCACUACAGUUCUAUAUUUAAGAGAUGAGGAAUUAUGUACAUUAUGUACAUUAUUUACAUUUGACGGAUAUAAAUAGAUCGGGUAUAGCUGAUCAUGUAUGGAAAGGCGGACACCACCUUUCCCUGUGGGAUGAAGUUAAAAUAAUAGACAGAGAACACCACUGGAAAAUACGAAAACUAAAAGAAGCAUCACAUAUGCUAGGACACAACAACCUCCUAAGCGGACCAAGUGCAGAUAUGAACAGCAUAUGGGAACCAGGAUUAAAGAAGGAUAGAAAAAAUAUUAGAUUUAUAAGCCCUAAAAAUUCACUCCAUGUGGAGUACCUUUAGUAGAAAGGAUUAUUAUUAUUAUUAUUAUUAUUAUAUAUCGAUAUAGAAAAACUUGAUUUAGCAUAGACUAUAGCUAUAUGUUUGCAGGGGAGAGCACUCUUACAGCGCAAGACAAUGCUGUGGGAGAUAAUUGCGGUUAAUACGUAAGGCUGCAUUUUUACCAAACUGGAAAAAUAUAUGGUCGUCGUCGUCGUUGUUGUUGUUGCUACUGUGACUAUUUUUUAGCUGCAGAUCAUUUAUAAUUGAAAGAAAGCCAUCAUCAUAAGCGCUCCAGCUGCGGCAAUACCGUCUUUUUGUACACUUAAGAGUGCCUUGGCUAAUUUUUCGUUAUGAUAACAUUUCAGAGAAUCUAACUGCUAUUUACUUGCUGGAACGUAUCGAGGAAUUGACACCAAUGCCCCAGUAUGAGCGGUGACAGGACAAAUCAUUACCAGUGAACGUCGUAGUGGCGUCUCGAAACGUUUUCGUCCAGUCGGGUCAGUGGGAAGGAUGUGUGCGUGUGUGUGUGUGUGUGUGUGUGUGUGUGUGUGUGUGUAUUUGUGUGUGUGUGGAUGUGUGUGUGUGUGUGUGUGUGUGUGUGUGUUAUGUGACACCAGUUUUAUUCUCGUCCUAUUUGGUACAGGAUAAAGAGUGUCCCGCUCCCUCAAUAACUUACAACAUUACGCGGGGCCAUCUGAUAAGUUCGUAGGGUGACAUCAGCCAGUAAUAUCGGAAAAGUGUAAUUACACAAGUAUUUGAAGUCAGAGUUUCGAAUCUCGGAGCGAACCCGUUACCUCAACUUUUGACUUUCUGUAUUUUCGUUGUUGUUAAUUGUUUAGUCGAGCCGAAUAUAGUGUAUAUACUCAUUCUGUUGCGUUGUUAUAAAUUAUUUAGCUUUGGUUUGUAUUUCUUAAUGAAUAUAUUUUCCUUAUGUAAUCAGAAUUACACAGAAGCGUACCCGAUGCUUUGAUAUAAAAGGAAAAAUUGGUAUUUGGGGUGUUUGUUUGUUGGGCAAAGAUCUAAAUGUUUACUCACGAGUAUUUUUCUGCACCUGGGAUCACGUAUCAGUUGAUGGUGAACUGUCAUCAACUAGAAUAUAUUUUGGGAAGUAACACUAAUUCAAAUAUAAAAGUUAAGUUGCUAUCUUGGUUAGUGACACGAAUGUAAUCUCGAACCACUCCCUUCUGCUGUGCCGUGUUUCAGCCGAGAGACUGGAUCCAGUAUAAAUGACCAGUUAUGUAACAACAUCAAUGUUAAUACAAAUGACAAGUUUCCGUUCAUGCUAACAUCUGUGUUUAAUUCUGCUUCCUGUUCUUAUACUCUUCUUAUGUAAUCGUAUGCUGUUAUUUACUGUAAUCGUUUGACAUACGGAUAUGUUGUCUCUUAAUAUAUAAGACACUAAACACCUCCUUCGUUCCUUUAAGUAUGUUACCAUAGAGUGACCUCCCUUGUAAGUCACAUCCCUCCAGCUCAUCUGUUUUAACAGACUCUCGCGGUUAGUCGUAAAGCUGAAACAUGUUGAUACGUAAUAAUUAUUUGGUUAGGUGAUGUUUGUUGCUUAUCUUUUACGAUGGUUUGAACACAGACGAGGACGUAUCUAUAAAUAAAUGAAAGUGUUUCUGAGUGAAUCCAAUUUCAAAAACCUUCUUACUUAUGUCACCGGCAUAAUUUCCUGUUUGGGAAAUAUUUCCAACGACACCGGCUCCUGAAUGUUUUUAUCAUUAUUUCUCUUAAUGUAAUUAUAACGUGUAAUGAUUAAUAUCGUCGUAUCUUGUAUGGUGAUUAAUAUAAUUAUGAUAUUUUGUGAGAGUGAUAAAUAUAAUGAUGUUACGUAAGAAGAUUAGGAUGAGACUCAAGACAAGAAAU